AAACGACGAAAGAAGAGCAAGGCGACAACAGAAGAGGAGAGUGGAUAUGUUCUGUUUUUUUGUUUUGUACGUAUAUUUUAAGCAUUUUUAAAAGCUUUAAACCAUUCUAGUAACGAUGUGACUCAUGUAUUGUUGUUAGGCUUUCGUGUGGUUGUGUUUCGUGUCUGUUUUGUAGAUUGUUUUGACGCGUUCGUGUUGUGUACCGAGAUGCGACACUCGCUUUCCUUCGUGUUUGCGCUAUUUGUCGAUCAUAAGUCUAUGUUUUCGGCUUUGAUAUUUAGCGAAAAACUAAACCACGAAACGUUUAAGCGCUUAGAAGUUAGGCUAUGCUCUCGUUGCUGCGAACGAGUUAAUUUGUGGCCACAACUCACUAAACUAGUAACCUCAUUUAUACAAAAGCUCUCUUGUUUUGGCUUUGAGUGUAAAUUCAAUUUUGCCCCACGGGCAAUUAUGCGUAUUUCAUAGAAGAACAACGUAUCUUAUUUCUUUUUCGUUUUGUAGGGGGAAGCAGUGGGGAUAGCCGAGUAUUUUGUACAAAAACAAGCGCUUGGCAACGCUUGGAAGUAGCAAAUUUGCCGAAACACAUCUAUCGUUAAAACCGCUUGUUUUUCAACCCGUCAAGUAUACGGAAAAUAUUUAUCAGAACUGUAGAAUGAGUGACACGCAGAAACAGGCGACAGACGAGUCGCCUAAAAACGUUGAAACGCCGAAAAAACACGGCCGAUUUCGGUCUUCUAUGAGAAGUGUUUUUGGCAGAAGUGGGAAAAGCAAAAAUGAUGACUCAAGUCAAAGCAAAACAAGCAAGGAUGCUAAUUCGUCACAAUCCCGGAAAAGUAGCUCAGAAGCCGUCUGUGUCUGCCCGGUGUGUUAUGUUGUCAAACCCCAGUCGUUAUUUCCUGAUAUUUCAACUUGCGAGCAUAGAACUUGCGGCGAUUGCCUCAGACAGUAUAUGACAAUCGAAAUCAACGAAUCUCGAGUCAAUCUGACCUGCCCCGAAUGUGCAGAACGAUUUCACCCGAAUGACAUCAAAUAUGUGCUAAACGAUGAAGUACUCAUGAACAAAUAUAGCGAGUUUACUUUAAGACGAACCUUGGUUUCGGAUCCGGAUUGCCGAUGGUGUCCUGCGCCGGAUUGCGGGUAUGCUGUAAUUGCCGCCGGUUGCGCCAGCUGUCCGAAACUCACCUGCGAACGGGAAAAGUGCAAGACAGAGUUCUGCUAUCAUUGUAAGCAAAUUUGGCAUCCAAAUUUAACAUGUGAUAUGGCGAGACAGCGACGAGCAUCAAACAUUCGGUCACUACCGAUGAACGACAGCAAGAGUUUAUCCGGUGAAGACAUGAAGCCGUGCCCGCGAUGUGGUGCGUUUAUCAUUAAGCUCGAUGAUGGUACGUGUAACCAUAUGACGUGUGCCGUGUGUGGGGCUGAGUUCUGUUGGUUAUGCAUGAAAGAAAUAUCCGAUUUACAUUAUUUAAGGUAAGUUAUUUCAUGAUGAUAUAUCUCAGACAUCGAGGUCCAGUGUAUCUAGUAUUCUACAAUACGCUGUCGUGGUUUGUGUCUGAACUACCUGAAAAAGAUAUCUCAAACGUGGUGGUUCAGUGUAGGUAGUAUUCUACCUGAAAAAUAUAUAUCAAAUGUGGUGGUUCAGUGUAGGUCGUAUUCUACAAUAAGCUGUCGUGGCUUGCAUCUGAACUACCUGAAAAAGAUAUCUCAAACGUGGUGGUCCAGUGUAGGUAGUAUUCUACAAUAAGCUGUUGUGGUUUGUGUCUGAACUACCUGAAAAAGAUAUCUCAAACGUGGUGGUCCAGUGUAGGUAGUAUUCUACAAUAAGCUGUCGUGGUUUGUGUCUGAAGUACUUGAAUAAGAUAUCUCAAACGUGGUGGUCCAGUGUAGGUAGUAUUCUACAAUAAGCUGCCGUGGUUUGUGUCUGAACUACCUGAAUAAGAUAUCUCAAACGUGGUGGUCCAAUGUAGGUAGUAUUCCACAAUGAAGUUUCGUGUCUGAACAACCUAAAAAACAUUAAGGAAGGCCAUCCCUUCAAAUAUUAAAGUGUUUUUAAUCUAUCAUAUGUCAACCGUUGAUAUUGUCCAAGAUUUGCAACCAGCUGCAAUGUCAGAAUACUGAUUUGCAUUUAAUUGCUACAUUUAUAUGUUAACUAAAUCCAGAUUCACUCUAUAUGUGUUUAAUAUUAAUGCAUGCUGGGAACAAUUAUUGUGUAAAACUACAGGUCAACUGCUUGUUAGUAACUAGAAUAUUGAAUACUCUGAUUGACUAACUCUCUUAAAAAAGCUGGUUAAAGAUGAACUAGUUUUCAUAUGACAAGUUGUUCAAAAACUAGCAUACUAGUUCCUGAAUAUGGUUUAACAAAGAAAAUGCAACGUAAGUAACAUGCUCAACUUGCAUGCUGUAAUAGCUAAGAAUAGCUAUCGUGGUGGCAGGAACACCCAAAACUUCUCCCAGGAAAUCUGUUGUACGUACACAAGUGCAAUUAGCAAAUAAAACUUGCCAUAUCUAAACCUGUCGUGGAACAUUUUUCCGUUUGUAACCGGCUUCAGCAACUAUAGUUAACUUCAAUUACAUUUCAUACAUCUGGAGACUGCUUAUGUAAAAAUAACACUUACAUUGUAUUCAUGAUAUUGCUGUAGACUAUUUCAUUGGUCUGUAUUCGUGUGAGUUCUAAGUGGGACUCCACAGUAUUGUUUGAAAAGGAAAUGGACACUUAACAAUAUAUGGCCGUCUCGUCACCUUAUUUAAAAAUUAAUCAUUUUAAUUGAGGCUAUGUGUUUGCAAUGAAAAGCUUUCAAAACCUAAAAAUCUUUUUGGCAUGCCUCUCAAAAUUACUUUGUUUUAGCGUUAUUUUCUAGUUUACACAGUUCGCUACAUUUUGAAAUGCAUCUGUCAGUUGAGAAUCAUAAAAUAAGAGUAAAAUAUCGUCAGUUAAAAUAUAGUUAUGAGCGAUGCUUUAAAAUGAUUUUGCUUUAUAUUGCUGAAUAAAUAUGAUGUGAAUUUUAAUUCACAUCAUAUUUAUUCAGCAAUAUAAAGCAAAAUUUACUGAAUUUCAGACAUAAUUUUUUUUCUGGGGUAUCAUUGAAAAUCUGCCAAGUUUGUUUUCUGAUUGAAAAACAUAUCAAAAUUUUUGAAUGUAGUCCUGACCAAGUGCUAUAUUCUACUUGUUAGUUUUGAGCAUAUAUGUUAAUAUGUAACAGACACAAAAGAUCUCCUCUUAACAAUGAUGAUAUUGCAGUCAUAAUAGUACUUAAAUGGAAUUGUUUUGAUGAUGGGAAAACAGUAUGCCCAAAAACAGGCAGGAGAAAAGAUUAGAUUCUGCAUCGAAAUGCAUGAUUUAAUUAACCCACAUAACUGCGGGAUUACGGAAGAUACAGCUACCUGACGAGUACAAACAGAACUUCGACGUUUCAAGCGAAGAUCACUUUGUCGAGAAGUAGCUGCUAACUUUUUGACGAAGGGUAUUUGCUCGAAACAUCGACAUUCUGCUUGUGUUUUUUAUGUACUUGUAUCUCUCAUAAUUCACAGUUUUCUUAAUAUUAUUUCUACAUACACUACACAUAGACCUUUCUAGAUUAACUCACAACAUGUCUAUUGUACUCUGGCUAGUGCAAAACAAUUUCCUUGGCAAUAGGAACUGUUUGGCUUUAACAGAUUGAAAUCAAUCGGACUAUCUGGCCAUAAUCUCUUGUUACAAUGCAUCCAUUCGACCUGAGAUAAUUGUUAUUUCUUACUGAUUAAGUCACAAAAAAAUGGGAAUAUUUUCUCACACACAGCUGGGGGCCCAUUAAGGAUGAAGAGAUGCUGAUAAUAUUGAAUGCAUUAUUGUUCUUGCUCACCACAGCAUGACAAGUGCCAGCCUUUUAUUAUUCAAACAUUUUUUCUAAUUUGGUUGACAGAAUGUGAGCAGAAUAAACAAGACUUUCGCAUUCUGUACAAAUCACAAAUUGCUUGUGAUCAAUGUUGCAGCAGAAUAUUUUAUUUAGAAAGUUAACAAGUGAUUUUAGUGUGCACCCUUGCCUGUGAAUACUGAGUCAAUGUACUUGUAUAUUUGGCAUUAAACCACUGAGUACCAGCCCUCUCCCCAUUUCAAGUAAAAUUGUCUGGAGUUAGACAAAGUAAAAUGAUAAACUAGGGCACAAUGCAACUUAACCCAUCAAUAAGCUACCAAGCUUCCCCAUUGACGAGUAAAGUCGACUGGCGUUAGACAAGUAAAAAAAAAUAGGGCGCAUUGUGGCUCCAUGGGGGUUAACUAGAGACAUUGUCAUAUUUUUUGGUUAACCCAUUAAGCUGCAGAGCUUCCAAUUAACAAGUAAAAUCGUCUGGCAUUAGACAAGUAAAAAAAAAUAAGUAGGGAGCACUUUGCAGCUGAACGGGUUAAUGGCUUAACUAGACACAUAGGCAUAUGGUUAGAUUAACAGAUUGAUUGCCAGCACUCUCCCCUUGAUGAGUAAAAUUGUCUGGUGUCAGACAGAAUAAUAUGAUAAACUGGGAUGCGUUAGGGUGCAACACAACUUAAUAGACAGAUUUAGAAAAGACGACGCGACCUCAAAGACGACGUGAAAAUGGCGUGUUCUGUCCAUAUAUGGAUGUGCCACGCCACUUUGACGCCAUUUUCACGUCGUCUUUGAGGUCGCGUCGUCAUUUCUAAAUCUGUCUAAUGGCUUAACUAGACACAUGGGCAGCUAGUCUGAUUAUAAUCUUGAGAUGUGUGUGUCAUUGUAGGUAGUGGCAUCCCUUCGGAUUGAUAGGGAUGCAGGUACCUGAAAAAGACAAGGAAAACCUUGAUAUUCAAGUUCUCCUUGUGUUUUUAACGAAUCCGAAUAUAGUCUGAGUAAAAUCAUCUGGUGUUAAACAGAGUAAAUGAAAAAUUAAUGGGUUAAAGUAUAUUAACACAUCCUAUCAUAUUUUAGUCCUUCUGGCUGCACGUUUUGGGGUAAGAAGCCGUGGAGUAGAAAAAAGAAGAUUCUCUGGCAGAUGGGCACAUUGAUUGGUGCUCCCUUGGGCAUUGCAUUGGCCGCUGGUGUCGUUCUCCCUGCCAUGGUUAUUGGUAUUCCUGUGUAUGUUGGUCGUCAGGUAGGUUGCUUCUUAUCUUGUCUUACUGUCGUUCCAAUUGAAGUGUUCUUCAAAUAUUGAUUCAAUACAUUACCUCGGGCUGACCAAUUCAUUUCAUCAAGUUCCUCGAGAUAUUCAUACACUUCCUAGUAUAAUUGUAAACUUCCUGUUGAAUAGCUUAAAUGCACCAAUCAUCUUUGUUGUUUGUGCAACUAACCAAUCAUAAAUAGAGAGGAAGUGACCAGAAAUGAUCAAAUUCUUGGAAUUGGCUCUUUCACAGGAAGUGUAUGAAUAUCUCGAGGAACUUGAUGAAAUGAAUUGGUCAGCCUGAGGUAAUGUAUUGAAUCAAUAUUUGAGCAACACUUCAAUUGGAACGACAGUAAGACUUAACUCAUUCUUGUGUGCAUUGCACAAAGGAUAUUUUGUUUUCGGUGUAAAGUCAUUUGACGUUAGAGUGAAAUAAUGAGGUUGGGUGCAUUGCAGCUUCAUGGAUUAACAAGACGCGUUGGUAGAUAUUGUUUGGUUACCCAAUGCAAUCAAUGCGCAAAUUUCUUCCCUUCACAAGUAAAAUCGUCUGGUGUUAGAAGGAAGUAAUAAAGUAGGGUUUAUUUGGGUGCAUUGCAGCUUACUGUCGAUGCAAUGGAAGUGUUGAUAAAAUAUUGCAUGAAUUCAUUUCCUCAAGUUUUUUAUUUAUUUAUUUAUUAAACUUUGCCAAAAACACUUAACAGAACAGCAAAUAGACAUCUACACAAUAAACAUGGACAAAAAUGGCAGGGACACCACAACAGUGUAAACCAAUUACUGUGGGCCCUAUACAAAAAUACACAUACAGUACAGAACAUAUAACAUACAGUACAUGGACAGGAGUCUAAAAACAACAAGUUAGUUCAGAACGUAAGUAACGACUAGUGUUACACUUCAGACAAAUAGUCUUCCAUGUCCUCGGAUCUUCUUCGUCGAAGCAUUCUCUCAGGGCUGUCAGGUAGUAAGUUUGUAAAUCGGUUUUGAAUUGCCUAAUAUUAAUGUCAGGAGAUCUUAGUGUAGUUGGUAAAGAGUUCCAAGUUCUGGAUGUACGAAUAAAGAAGGAGCGUUGGUAGGUAGAGGUUUUGCAUUUGGCCGGACGGAAGGAGAUUUGGUUGCCACUGGAGGAUCUGGUCGUUCUGGUUUGGGACAUGACUUCGGGGAGGACGUCAUGGGACACGUCGACCAAGCCGUUCACCGCUUUGAAAAAGAACACGAGAUCCAAGUAUUCAUGCCAGUAAGAUAGCGGUAAGAGACCCAGACUGGCAAGUCGUUCCCGAUAAGUCUCACUGCACAAGUACGGAAGGUUUAAAAUGUACUUCGUUGCUCUUCUUUGGACCCGUUCCAUACGUUGGAUGAGGGUCACGGUUUGAGGCGACCAAACCUGGCUCGAGUAACCAAAAACCGACCGAACCAAAGACAGAUACAGAGUCCGGCGGGUCCUCGCGUCGCUUAUUUCCCAGAACAUCGCUUUAUAAAUCCAAGGAGUUUGUUGGCACGGGUACACCGGUCUAAAAUGUGUUUAGACCAGGUUAGAUCGCUCGCAAUCCAAAUUCCCAGAUCGUUCUCUGCUGGUAUAAGUGCAAGUUCUUUGCCUUUGAUGCUAUAUAGAUGAUGGAUUGGUUGACUACGUCUGGUAAUGCUAAUACUUUUGCAUUUUCCUUCGUUAAACACGAGACCGCUUGUUGUUGAUCAAGUUGAUCAGAUCAAUACGAAUUCAAAUUUCUUUUUACUUCCUGUGCGUUUCCUAUUGGUCAAUCGGUUCUGAAACGAAAUCUAAUUGGCUCGUCUAAAAGUAACAGGAAGUUGAUCAAUUUUCUAUCAAAUGAAUUGAUCAACUUGAGGAAAGGAAUUGGUGCAAUAUUUUAUCAACACUUCCAUUGCAUCGACAGUAAUGGGUUGAUAAGGCACAUUGGUAGAUUGUUUGAUUAAUCCAUUGAUGCGCAAGGCCCUCUUCCCGGCGAAUAAAGUCAUCUGGUGCAGUUAGACAGAGUAAAGUAUUAUGAAGUAGGAUGCAUUUGGGUACAUUGCAGCUGGGUUAAUGUUUCAUUUAACUUUAGAUGCACGAGAAGUACAACAGGCCAUAUCACACGAAGAAAAAGCGAAACAUUGCAAUCAUCAGUGGCGUCACUCUGUCCAUUCUCGUCUCACCGAUGCUUGCCGCUCUCACCGUGGGUGUGGGGGUACCCAUCGCCCUCGGCUACAUCUACGGGGUGGUCCCUAUCUCCCUGUGCCGCAGUGGGGGAUGUGCUUCGGUCACAACGAAGAAUGGCCGAGGUGUGAACCUGGAAUUUGAUUCGGAUGGUGACAUGGUGACAAAUCCUAAUGAAAGGUCGGGGGCAAUGGAAGCAAGCUCUGCUGCUGAGGAAAAUAUCGAUGGCGUGGUUACUGUUGUAGCGACAGUCAACACCAGGGCACCAGGUUUGUGUUGAAUUGUUGUUCUCGUAACUGAAAUUAGAAACAGAGCUAUACCAUGGGGGUACAAGAUGGUGUAAUCUUGAAACGAUUGUAGGAAUGGAACUUGUGUCAAUUAUUUUUGAUGACAAAGAACAUCUCGUAACGUCAUCAAAUAUGUUAUUUGUGAUGUUACUCUGAGUGUAUAUCCACACCGGGCAAGUUUGAAAAAUAUGCCUGCCUGACCACGGUGGGAAUCGAACCUACGACCUUUGGAAUACUAGCCCAAUAUUUUUCAAGCAUUUUUCAGGCAUAUUUUUCAAGCUUGCCCACUGUGGAUAUACACUCAGAGUAACAUCACAAACAUCAUUCACCUGAGUACAUAACACCAACACCAUCAAAUAUAUUUAUUAGAUGAAUUAAAUUCACGAUCGUAUAUAUCUUUUUUUCGCACAGACACUGAAAGUGGCAAGCAGCCCAGUGUGAGUUUAAGUCAAGAAUGUUCAAGUCUUGCCAGCAGUAAUAUCGAACCUAGUGGCCGUGAAGAUUCUGGCUCGAUGAUCCCUGGACCUCGGAGUUGCGCAGUCAGCAUCGCAAGCAGCAUCGAGAAUCUGAACAUUACCGAUCAUACACCGAGUCCGUCGCUGACCGGAAUAUCUUCGGAAACCGCCGAGCACGAUCGUGUGAGCACGAGCAGUAUUCCGAGCAGCAAAACGUCGAGUGAUUCGUCGCUGAAGAAGGUCGUCCAACUUAAGGUGGCUAGCGAGAGCAGAGCUCACGAUGCGGAACAACCCACCGUUGUGGCCGAAUCGUAAAUUGUAUCUUUUAAAUAAAUACUUUAGAUUAUUGAGUACGAUAUCUUAAAUACAAGUAUCUAAUUAGAAGAUGUUUGAGUGCCUCUUCUCUCUCUGUGAACAGAAUGAAAACCCCGUGUUCGCAUCCGCGAAUGAACAGGUACAGGUAGUCUGUCUGUUGCACUAAGAAAACAAGGUUAUUGAAAUUCUUGAAUGUGGUUAGAUGUGAUAUCUUCUGAUAUAUCACACUAAGUUAUUUAGUCUUUUUUCACUUGCGAUGCAAGCAUAAAAGCUUUAAGGCUGGUAUAUUUAUAAUGGCUGGUUUACACGAUUAAAGUUUCUGUGAUCACAGAGGUAUAUUCUACGUUUUGAAUGAUUUGUAUAAGAAAUAUCUGAGGGAACUCUUUCAGAGUUUGAUACUGAGUUUCCUCAAACAUUUCUUACAAAUUCUUCAAAACUUAGAAUUUACCCAUGCAAAAUUCCUACUGUGAUAGGGUGCAAUAAUUCAAGAUUUUUAGUUGUACCUGACUGGUACUCAAAUGAUUCUUGCCUUGAACUGGUGCAAGACUCAAGGUGUACUUAUAGUCUUUAAAAUGAAGUACUUGAUCCAGGUUUCUGAAAGAUUUUCAUCCAGUAACCUAAAACUAGGAGUUUAAUAUAGAUCAAGGAGUACUAUUGGAUAUACAAACACUACAAUCGACUCCAAUAUUUCUUGGUUCCAUUUGAUCUCAUCGCAUUAGUGUCCAAUCGUGUUCAAUGCCAAGUCCUGUCAGACUUGCACAUUUUCCGACUAAAUUAUGGCUUGGUAGCAGCAAAAAGUAAGCACACAGAUAGCAAGAGUUCCGCGUAUACCUACGUGGUACUUGGCCGAAAACAAAUAAGAACCAGACUGUAAUAUUAGACAGAUUUAGAUCGAGGACUCGGACGUCAAAGACGACGUGAAAAUGGCGUGGCAUAUCCAUACAUGGGCACAACACGCCAUUUUCACAUCGUCUUUGACGUCCGCGUCCUCAAUCUAAAUCUGUCUAUUGGCGAACCUCCGGUUAUACGUAAGUACGCGAAUUAUUGCACCCUGAUUGUGAUCACAGAAACAGCAGUAAAUGAUUAGAUUUUCUCGGAUAAGGACGUUAAAAUCGUCCAAAUAGACAGUGAACUGAUCGUCCCUGAUAUUUUCCUGAUAAGGAAAGCCGCAUUUGUACACAUAGAGACAGAUCAUCAGUGAAGACGAAGUACACAGACACACAAGUUCGUCCGAGCAGACGAAUGACGUAGAUAGUUAGCUUCAUUGAUGAUCCAUGUGCUUGUUAUUUCGCUCAUGCUUUUGUAUCGCAAGUGGAAACUUAGUUAGUUAAAAGUGAAAACCAUGCUUUUUUCAAAAGUCUUUGAAAAUACUGGUAUUCGCGAAUGUUCUUUUUGUGUCAAAACGUUAAAUAAAUACACAUCCGCUUUAGAAGCGAGAACAUUUCAUUUAUUUGACUAAUGCACCCCAGUUGAUUGAGUAUGCAACUGUUACUGUAAAUUAGAGUUGAGUGAAUUUUGUAUAUAUAUAGUGUGUAGAUUAUGAAUUAAAAUUGUUUUUUUCUUGUGCAAUAU